AUGGCAAAUACUGGAUCUUCAUCAGGCGAUACUCCCAAGCAGGUUUUUAACCCUGGAAUCCAGAAGGCGUCCAUGGAGCCAAGAAGCAUGUAUCGCCAGAAAACUUUAUCCUUCCGCACUGUACGGUCCAUGUCGAGGGAUCUGGCGGAGGCCGACCCGCAGCCAGCGGUCAACUCCAGAAAAAUCCCACGCCGGUGUCAGGACGAUAAGACAGAAAGCCCCCAAAGGCAAGCUCUAAGGGAAACUUCCCAGGAGACCCUGGACCUUCUCCCAGCACUCCUCAACCGCCUGAACACCGCAUGUGAGGCCCGGCAGUCGAAGAAAGUGUCGUUCCACUCUCUCCGCAGAUUACACUCUCAGGACUGCCCUCGAUUCCCGUCGCCCGCAACCAUCAAAGUCAUCAACGAGGAUACCCUCAACGUGGCCGUCAGACUGUUUGCUUCUGCGCAAACGCAGCGCCCCGGUCCGAGUGCUUCAAGACCCAGACCAAGCUCCUGUCCAUUGAUCGUCAACUUCGCCAGCCAUCGAAAACCCGGUGGGGGGUGGCUGAACGGCGCUCUGGCACAAGAGGAGUCGAUAUGCUACCGCAGCUCAUUGGCGCUUAGCCUCGACAGAACGGACUAUCCGCUGGGCCUCGAUGAGGCGAUCUACAGUCCCUACGCACUGGUGAUGCGUGGUGAUCUGGCCUCCGGACACAAUUUGCUUAUGUCCCCAUCUACGCCCCCGGAGACUCUUCCCGUUAUCAGCACCGUCUCAAUUGCCGCCUUGUAUCGGCCACGAUUACGGACCAUACCGCUGAACCCUGCCCUGAGACGACCACACAGUAACGGCCGUCACGAGCGUCAUGGUUCGGGUGGACACCGCAGCUUUGGAGGACAUAGCCACCCUCACGGGCAUCGCAAUUCUGGGAGCCAGCGCAGAGUACCCCCACGCUCCCAUUCAGCCUCACCAGCGAUCUCAUCCUCCCACCCGCACACCCGGCAGGUUUUUGAGCGUGACAGAGACCGCAAUCUUUCCAAGGCUAAAAUGAGGCUUGUACUUCGCCUUGCAGCAACCAAUGGGCAUGAAAUGUUGGUCCUCGGAGCUUUUGGCUGCGGGGUGUAUGCGAAUCCACCUGCUGAGAUUGCGCACUGCUGGCUCGAGGUCCUACGUGAACCGGAAUUUUGCGGAAACUGGUGGCGGGAGGUUUACUUUGCGGUGUACGAUCCGAAAGAUGAAGGCAACUUUGCGAUCUUCCAGCGAGUGCUAGCUGGGAAGAAGGUGUAG